AUGGCCUUCAUCUCCUCUUUACCUCUCAAGGCAAAAACCGCACCCCAGAAAAAAGCCGUCAAUGCAUGGUGUAAACAGGCCUGCACUAAGAUUCUUUCUUCCUAUACAUCUGCGGAAUGUAUUCCGUAUGCGUUCCAGAAGUUGAACGAGUUGUCUGCUGUCUCACCGACAACAGACGGUCGACUUGGCGGUGAAACUCUCACCAAGGAACAAGUGACAAAGGUGUUUGAAUACGCCAUCAAAUGGAGAGAUCUGGAAAUUUGGAAAUCUAUGGCACAAUCCCCGUCAUGCACACUUGCCAAUGGGACCUUGCUUGCCGAUGCAUGCGCUACCUUUUCAUUUGAGAAUGUACGAGCAAUUUACGAAACCCUGAUUUCCCAGUCAACCUCAUUGGAAGAUUGGAUAAAUUUCAUCUACUUGGUACCUCCAAAAGCAAUUCUUGAGGAUCAACAUACCGUGCAUACAUGGUCCGCAAACCAGUCAAACCAAGUCUUGUCAUCCUAUAUAUCUCUAAAGGUUGAAGAGGCACCAACUUUUGUCAGCGUUAUACACACGAUAACUAUGCCUUUUGUAUUGCCCUUGCCCGGGUUUUACACUUACAACGGCAAGCUCUUGUUGCUCGGGAAACACAGCGCGCUUCCUCAAAUAACGCCGAUUCGGGCCCAAUCUGCUUCUGCGAUAGUUCAGCGUCUUAUCAAUGAAUGUCUGCAGGCAGCUGCAGAACAAUGGAACACUGGCCCAACUGUCAAUUACCCUGGUCACUAUUUCUCAAUUUAUAUGCCCAAUCCGCGUCUGCUCAGCCACGUCGACCGAAUUCUCGAUAUCGUCGAAACUGCGAUUCAGGUCUCUGGCCUGGAUGUAUGUACACCUCUCUUUGAACAAACCUUUAAAGGCGAACACUCUAUGGCCAGCAAAUUUGACGAUCUUUACUUACCUUUGCUACCUCGGCUUCGGACACUUCUAGAAAAGAAAGGACAAGAUUUGAGUUGGCCACCCUUCUCUCGCUUCAUGCGUCUCCUUAUCGCUAUAUACUUAGCCAAAAUACUUAGACAAAAAAGCAACUUCCCAAAUGUUAACCUAAGGAAGCUGGGCUGUGGUUGUUUAGAGUGUAAGAAAUUGGAUGAUUUCUUCUCUGAGCCACUGCAAAGCAUCGAAUUUCAACUCGCUCAACCACGUCGCACUCACCUCAAACAUCAACUUGCACACGCCAGCGAUCUGUGUACACUUCAAACCAUCAAAACGAGAGUCCCACAUACCCUACGAGUCACUAAACUUCCCUCAGUGAUCGAACCUUCAAAAUGGGCCCACAAACAAAAGAAAGCAAGGGAAUUCUUAGCAUCCAUUGGUCCUGACCAUAUUAUCUCCAAGAUUAUGGGUGGCCAAUAUCCUGAAGUCGACCUCGCCCUUAAAGGUGUCAAAUUGUUUUGCUUAGCUGCGACAUCUAGUGCAAAUAACAGAAUUCAGCAUGGUGCGUCAAAGGUCCCAGCAGCUGCCGGAGUUCAGCUGUCUUCGAACCAAAACGUUUCUGGAAAAUCAUCUAUCUCGGUUCCUUUGACACAACCUGUUGCUGGACAGAAAAGAAAAUUACCGUAG